AUGGCAGACACAGGCAGAGCUACCAGACAAUCGACUCCGCUGGGAAUGGACGCAGGUGAAACUGGAAAACAAUCAAUCCCCGAGGGACUUCAAUUGCAUGGAUCAGAUCAUCCCGGAAUGAUCCUCGUGAGCACAUUGCUCACGAAGAACAAUUACCUUACUUGGAGCUAUGCGGUGACACGAGCUUUGCGAGCGAAAAUGAAGUUAGGAUUCAUUGACGAUACGUAUGCGAAACCAUCUAUUACAGAUCCUCAUUUCGAACAAUGGAUACGUGUGGAUAGUAUGUUACAACGCGAGAUCGCGUCUUUGAUGCAAGGGAACAAAUCAGUAGUAGAAUAUUUCUCUAGACUGCGAAUGAUUUGGGACGAGCUAGACGUGUUGAUGCCUGUGCCUCAAUGCACUUGUGGAUGUACUUGUGGGGCUUUUAAGACAGCAGCUGAUCAGGCAACAUUUACAAGACUCAUCCAAUUUCUUAUGGGCUUAAGUGAAACAUUUGAUCAUUUACGUGACCAAUUGCUUGUGAUGGACCCUAUACCGACGGUAAACAAGGCAUACUCGAUGGUUUUGAGAGUUGAAAAACAGAGAGAAGUUAGUAUGGAGGGGGCUGAAAGUGGUGAGAGCAUGGUGAUGCAAGUACGAAGAGGGGGCAGAAGGGACUAUACACCGAAAUAUGGUCAGCAAAAGGCUUAUGCGGAUAAGAGAGGGAUGCAUUGUAGCAACUGUGAUCGAUCGGAACAUAUGAGAGACACUUGUUUUAAGCUCCACGACACUCCGGAAUGGUAUAAGGAACUGAUAGAGAAGAGGAAGAAAGAGGCAGGUGCUGCAAAGGCCUUCAACACACACACUGAGAUCUCAAACUCACAACAUAAAGCACCUAGCCAAGAGGUUUUACUACAGGAACUCAUAAGAUUGAUGAAGAAGGACGAGGAUCAUGGACAAAUACACGAUGAUCCGUUGCGGGCUAAUUACGCACAACUUGAUAAUUUUGCUGGUAAGAGCUAUAUAUCCUCUGGUUUUCAUGAUAAUUCUUCAAAUUUUUGGAUAGUUGACACAGGGGCGACUAACCACAUGUGUGCACAUAAGCAUAUGUUUCAGUCUUUCCUAUCCUCUUCUCAGCCUACACUCAUAUAUCUUCCUAACGGGACUACGCAAUCUGUCACACACAAAGGAACUAUUAACUUGCAUCCUCACCUGACUCUCACAGAUGUGCUUUUUGUUCCACAAUUUCAUCAUAACUUGUUGUCAGUUUCAAAGCUCUGUUCCCACUCGAAUCUUGAGAUGAAAUUUCACUCUUCUUGUUGUCUCUUACAGGACCCAGUGACUAACAAAGUCAUAGCCAUAGGGAGGCUCUGCAAGAACUUGUAUGUACUGGACAAGUCGUCCUUUGACCCUACUGUUAUUGCUUUUUUGAACUCUAUUACAGUUGGCCCUUGUACCGUCCCAGCACCUUGCGAUCACACACUAUGGCAUAGGCGACUGGGACACCCUUCAUCGCUUACUUUGAAACAUUUACCUGACAUUGAACCUCGGAGUUAUCGUGAAGCUAGCUUGGAUACUAAGUGGGUUGCUGCUAUGAACAAGGAGCUUGCAGCACUUGAUCGCAACCACACUUGGACUCUCGUUUCACUGCCCCCGGGGAAGAAGGCUAUUAGAUGUCGUUGGGUCUUCAAGCUGAAACUUAAUCCCGAUGGGAGCAUUCAACGCUAUAAGGCGCGCUUGGUGGCCAAGGGAUAUAACCAAAUCGAGGGGGUGGAUUAUUUCGACAGCUUCUCGCUCGUUGCCAAGACAAUUAGUGUGCGAGUUUUGUUGACCGUUGUUGUGGCUCGCGGUUGGCCCCUUUGGCAAUUGGACGUCAACAACGAUUUUCUCCACGGCCACCUUGAUGAAAGAGGAGAUUCGGCAGAAGAGGUUGCUGCACUUAAGGAUUAUUUGCACUCCCUCUUCACCAUCAAAGAUCUCGAUUUUGCAAAGUAUUUUUUGGGCCUUGAGUUGGCUCGAUCAUCUCACGAAUUGAUUAUCUCUCAACAAAAGUAUCUCGCAGACAUACUUGCUGACACUCACCUUUUAGCUGCCAAGCCUACUUCAACUCCACUUCCUCCUGGCCUUCACCUCACUGAUGCUACUGGUUCUCUAUUGCCUGACCCCUCUGCUUAUCGUCGUUUGGUGGGACGCCUCCUCUACCUUGGUUUCACUCGCCCCGACAUCUCUUUCGCCGUGCAGCAACUCUCGCAGUUCCUCCAACACCCCAUGUCCUCUCACUGGGACACAGCCUUGUACGUUCUUCGCUAUCUCAAGGGGUCCUCAUCUCUCGGCUUGUUCUUUCCUUCCACGAAUUCUCUUCAGCCUAUGACCAAGAAACAAGCCACCGUUUCUCGCUCCUCCGCUGAGGCCGAAUAUCGUGCCAUGGGGUCUGCCGUUUGUGAACUUUUGUGGCUCACCUAUCUCUUGCAAGCUCUUCAGGUCUCGUUCACCUCCCCUGUCUCCUUUUGGUGUGAUAACCAAGCUGCUAUUCACAUCACUAAGAACCUCGUGUUUCACGAGCGCAUGAAGCACCUCGACAUCGACUGCCAUCUCGUUCGUGACCAGUUCAAGUUGGGUCUUAUCCAGCCUUCCCACCUUCCUGGUCGCGAGCAGCUCGCUGAUUUAUUUACCAAGUCCACCUCUGUUGCCGACUUUACUCGCCUUUUUGUCAAGCUGGGCUUGGCUCCCCAAGCUCCAUCUUGA